GGAAGUCCCAGCCCAGCCCAGGAGCGCUGACAGAAAGCUGCGGGAGGAGGAGGCGGUGUGAGGGGGAUGGGUCGCUGAAAGAUAAAACCAGAGGUGGAGACGGUUCGAUAUUGUGGUGACAGCAAGUGAGGAUGACGAUGCCGCAUGUAGGGGCAGUAUUUUCAGCAAUGGCAGGGAUGAUGGCCAUCCUUUUGCACUCCUCUAUUCACAAGAUAGAGGAAGGACACCUUGCUGUUUACUACAGAGGUGGCGCAUUGCUGACCUCUCCCAAUGGCCCAGGAUAUCACAUUAUGCUGCCUUUCAUCACCACAUACAGAUCAGUGCAGACUACGCUUCAGACCGAUGAGAUCAAGAAUGUGCCUUGUGGAACAAGUGGCGGCGUGAUGAUUUAUUUUGACAGGAUAGAAGUGGUUAACAUGUUGGUCCCUACAGCAGUGGUGGAUAUUGUUAGGAACUACACAGCCGAUUAUGACAAAACUCUAAUUUUCAACAAGAUUCACCAUGAACUGAACCAGUUCUGCAGCGUGCACACUCUGCAGGAGGUCUACAUUGAGUUGUUUGAUAUUAUAGAUGAGAAUCUGAAGACUGCAUUACAGAAAGAUCUUAAUGCGAUGGCACCUGGACUAACAAUUCAGGCAGUCCGUGUUACCAAGCCAAAGAUCCCAGAAUCUAUCAGGAGAAACUUUGAACUCAUGGAGGCUGAAAAGACCCGCCUGUUAAUAACGGCGCAGACUCAGAAAGUGGUAGAAAAAGAAGCAGAGACCGAAAGGAAGAAAGCCAUUAUUGAGGCUCAAAAGGUUGCUCAAGUAGCAGAGAUCCAGUACAAGCAGAAAGUCAUGGAGAAAGAGACGGAGAAGAAGAUUUCUGAAAUAGAAGACGCUGCUUUCCUGGCAAGGGAGAAGGCGAAGGCUGAUGCAGAAUACUACACUGCUGCCAAAUCUGCAGAAGCAAACAAGCUGAAAUUGACACCGGAAUACCUGGAGCUCAUGAAGUACCAGGCCAUAGCGGCCAACAGUAAGAUCUACUUUGGCCAGGACAUUCCUAACAUGUUUGUGGAGGGGACGAACGGCGCCACUAAACCCGUGCCCUCGCCUAUUUUACACAACGCUGAACCAGAACUGCCUAAAGCCAAGUAAAAGUCUCAGUGAGUCCACAGCUGAGCCUCUGCACAGGGCAGGACGACCUGAUGCAAAGCGAUCUUGUCACUGAACAUGUGUUGCUUUGCCGCUAGUUUGGUGAACAGCACACUUCAGUCUUAAAUCUACAUGGCAAAGAGACAGAAAGCGAAAAGUAAGAGUUUGGGAUACAGUGUGAGUCUUACUAGGAAAGAGAACGAUGCCGUCUUUAUGUCUGGGAAGGUGACAGAAAGUACUUACACCUGCUUUUUUUUUCCUAUUUUAAUUUUUUUAUUUUUUUUAAAUCAGUGCAGCGUUUAACUUUGCUUUUGGAGCCAUUUUCAUGACAUAUGUGCAGCAGCUGUGAUUUGUGAUCGCCAUGAGUUACUGGUUUUCCAACCUCUGGUUUAGCUACAUUGAAACUUGACUGGUGACACUAAUUAAGUUGAUGGAGACGGUUUCUAAGUAAUUAAAGUCAUCUGUGCCAUUUGUUUUCUUUUAACAAGUUAGUGGUUAGCUGUGCUCUCUUAAUCCACGCCUGAGAACCAAUUGAUUAACGCCUCAUGUCCCAUGCUGCUCAUGGUGAAGUUUUGACACUUAGUCUGGUUGAAUACAGAUGUUUCAACAUUAAAGAUACAAUAAAAAUAAUCCCAGCUGUUAAUCUUCCUUUGACUCAGAGAUCUUGAAGCUUUGUGGAGGAGAGUAGUGGAUAAAUCAGAUUGUUGGCUGUUUGCUUUAUUUUUAUGGAUGAUUUUUUUGUAAUCUGUUGGUUUGCUGACUUUCUGUGACACUUACUGUGAAGGAAAAGGGACAUAACUCAUAUUUUUUGUUUUAUGAAACUAAAUUAAGAUGCUUAACAGGGAGUAAAUCAGUAGAGGUGUGGGAAUUUGUUUUGUCAGGAUGUCGGCAUGCUUGUUUGGUUUUGAUUAACAGGGCUAUGCAUGUUUUAUUUUCUUUUGUUGUUUUUUUAAUUCAGAUAAAUAGAACCCAUGACUUUCUCCUUAUACAGCUUGUUCAGAUAUAAUUAAAUGUAAAUUCUCAGGACGUUUUAUUUUAUUCUAAUCAUUGUUUGAUUUAUUAUUCAGCAACGCUUUGCUUUUACGUAAAAAAGAAAAAGUAAAACAAAAAAUUGUAUUCAAGCCUAAACUGAACGACUGAUGGUGAAUGUUUGAUUGCACCUAACACCUUUUUGUAUGCAGUCAACUCACAGUAGCUGUCUAUAUUGUGAGGAUAAGGUUUUGUUGAGGUUGAAUUAAUUGCGUAAAUCUUCCAAUUUUGUCAUUGUUUACUUUCUCUGCUCUUAAAACUUGACUGGAAACUUCUGAUAAUUUGCUGAUGAUUGUAAUGUUGAUGGGUUUUCAGGGUCUAAUGGCAACACACAGCUCCUGAUUAGUAAUAAGCUGUUAAACAUACAGUUGUGCUCAAAAUAUAAGCAGUGGGUUUAAAACGGAACGUUUUUAACCUUAACUUUGCUUUCCAUUCAUCGGAAUUAUUAUUUUUGUUCUCAAUUACUAUUGAGAACAAAAAUAAUCGAACUUGCUAUAACUCUACAGAAAGUGAGGCUAAGGGAAUAUUAGAAUCUUCAAACUCAAACAUUUAAUGCAAAAACUGAAGAAAAUUCUUGAGGUCUCUUUGACUCGCUGGAAUAAUAUUUAGUUGUUCAUCAUUGUUCCUAAGUGCUUCACAUCUGGAGUCUACUUCUGGUUCCUGUGGUCACGUAUUCCAGCCUCCUCAGCUUAGGAAAGUGUUUGGUGGUUAACUGUUUUGUCUCUUUGUCCACAUCUUUCUGGUUUUGGGUUCAAUUAUAAAGCAUUUAAGAUCAUUUUAGCAAAGCAGCCACCAUUUAACACACUGUUUCCUUUUUUCCAAGUCAACUUUUUAAUCAAAUUACUAUGAAAAUAUUUCUGUUGUACUCAGGUUCCAUUGACCAAUAUUUCAUACCUGCAAACUGAAAGCCCGCAACUUCUGCCCUUAAACAAGGGCUGCUCUCUUAAUUAAUAAUUAAUGACUCAGUAACAUGAACACUCAUGGCUGUUGUCUCUGUUGGUUUUCUAUUACUCCACUACACCUGCCAGCAAAUUAUUAGCUUUCACCCAGAACAGUGAUUGAUCUAGUUAGUGAUGUUGCACUGCUAUUAUUUUCAACACAACUGUGUUUGUUCAGUUUGAUUGUAAUUUAAUUUUAAUCUAGUCCCAGGAACAAGCAGCUUCAUUUCAAGAUAAAGGCUGAAAUUGCAAGUUGGUGCUAGAAUUUAAUGGGUUUUUGGGUUUGUUAUUCUUUUCUUUCACUUUAGGCUUCUUUAACUUUAAUCAUCUUUUGCUAUACAGAAUUCAAGCCUUAAUUAUUAAAGGGGGUCACUCCCAGAGAUACACUCACAGACUGAAACAUUUAGUUAGUCCUAUAAACUAAAAAAUGGCACCACCUGGAUUCUAGUUGACUGAAAA